AGUGGAGGGAUUGGCAGAGAGGGGUGGAGGACACUGAGUGGAGGCCAGUGGAGGGUUGGCAGAGAGGGGGGUGAGGACACUGAGUGGAGGCCAGUGGAGGGAUUGGCAGAGAGGGGGGGAGGAGGACACUGGAGUGGAGGCCAGUGGAGGGAUUGGCAGAGAGGGGGGAGGACACUGAGUGGAGGCCAGUGGAGGGAUUGGAAGAGAGGGGUGGAGGACACUGAGUGGAGGCCAGUGGAGGGAUUGGCAGAGAGGGGUGGAGGACACUGAGUGGAGGCCAGUGGAGGGAUUGGCAGAGAGGGGUGGAGGACACUGAGUGGAGGCCAGUGGAGGGAUUGGCAGAGAGGGGUGGAAGGACACUGAGUGGAGGCCAGUGGAGGGAUUGGCAGAGAGGGGUGGGGGUGAAUGGCCAGUGGAGGGAUUGGCAGAGAGGGGUGGCAGAUACAGAAUGGUUAGUAAGGUGGAGUGAUUGGAUUUGGGGGUGAAAGGACAGAUUGAAGUCUAG